AUGCGUCACGCGACACGAAGCUGCGCGCCCCUCGUGUCGAUGGCAAGACACCAGGCGCGCUGUGGUGGAAUACCUGCGUUAGCUGGCAGAUCGGGGACGAUUGCUCUCGGUGGAUAUCGCCAAUUGCACCUGCUCUCGAACGAUCGGUUUGGGAGGAACAAUCCAUCCCGAUGGCGGUUGUCAACCUCACCGACGUUAUUCACACCCAAUGUUGGAGCUCUUCAGGGGCUAGGACAGACCCAGUCUCGCUUCUUCAAAAAGGCAAAUUACAUCGAGAGAAUUGGCGACAAUGAAAGGACCGAAGAUGUCCUUGAGGCGCUUGAAGUCAGGGAUGAUGAGCCGGACACCAGCUCUUCACCGAAAGUCCUCAAUGCCAAAGGAGAGAAGCCAUCCACAGAGCGACAGGAUGCCAAAUGGUCUGAAGACAUGACCAAGGGGAAAAUGCUAACGACCCCUUCCCGACUCUUCAAAUUGAUUAUUCCUUUGACCACCGUCGACACACACGGCAACAAAGGCAAAAAUGAAAAGCUCCGUCCGCCGGCCGUCUCAUUCAUUGCCUUACAACACGAAGAUAACGCAAUCAGACCCCGCAAGCGCAUUGAUGAUGACCUGAGUGAUACCAAAGGCGGAAACCCCGAUGAAUACCACAACAAACCCGUCCAGCGCCGCCGAUCGCGUGAAGAAGACGCAGAAAUCUACAGCUACCCCCGCAAAACAGAUUCCAGCCUCGACCCUCUAGAGGGCCAACCUGAGCGAUUCGUCCGAUGGUCCCAGGCGACCGAAGUGGGUGAUUUCAUCCGCGAUGCUUCCCGCGCAGGGGAGUUCAUCGUGACAAUCGAGGGUGCGCCUGAGGGGUUAGGUCAGAUCCGGGUAACUGUGCCCUCGUUCCACGAACGGACAUAUUUCCUGCGUCUCAGGUUGCGGAAACUAUCCCGUCGCAUCCAAGGGAUCGCAGAUAUCAAGCAUAAAUGUGACGAGCUCGCGCACCGCGGGGCGCAGCGUGUCGCGAUGGGCGGAUUCGGUAUUCUGGCUGUUUGGUGGUACAGUGUAUACAAGUUGACCUUUGAGACGGAUUUGGGGUGGGAUACCAUGGAGCCAGUUACAUACUUGGUCAGUUUAUCCACGCUGAUGGGAGGUUAUUUGUGGUUCUUGUACCACAAUCGGGAGAUCUCCUACAAGUCUGCGUUGGACUUUACAGUCAGUGCAAGGCAGAAGAAGUUGUAUCAGUUGCACAAUGUGGACUUGCAGCUCUGGGAGAAUCUGAUUGAUGAGGGCAAGGCUAUUAGGAGGGAGAUCAAGAGUAUUGCGGCCGAGUAUGAUGCUGAGUGGAACGAGAGGGCGGAUGAGCAGGAUGAGAGGGUCACAGAGGCGUUGAGGUCCAAGAAGGAGGAGGAGGACGACAAGAGGAAGAAUAAGAAGGAUAAGGACGUUGAAGCCGAUUGA